GGGCUUAGCUCGGCAAGAUGGCGGCUCCUAGCUGUAGUGCGCCUGGCGUCUGGGUACGGGGUUCCUGGCAGCGUCUGGGGAAUCUCUUCACUUUCGUCUCAAAGCCACUUUGUUCCGCUGCUGCUGCCUCUCGGCCCCUGGAUGCCCAGCGAUUAGCGGAGAGGCUUCGAGCCCAGAAACAGGAACAAAAGACGAAGAAGCCGGUGCCCACAAACCCUGUUCAAAGGAGAGUGCAAGAACUACUGCAGUUCACAGAGCAGCUGCAGCGCGUCCACCCCAACGUGCUUGCUAAGGCGCUGAGCCGAGGACUUAUCCACCAGGACAAGGACCUUGUGGUCAUCAAUAAGCCCUACGGUCUCCCUGUGCAUGGUGGCCCUGGGGUCCGGCUCUGCAUCAGUGAUGUACUGCCUGUCCUGGCGAAGAUGCUUCACGGCCACAAGGCAGAGCCCUUGCAUCUGUGCCAUCGGCUGGACAAGGAAACUACAGGCGUAAUGGUGUUGGCUUGGGAAAAAGACGUGGCGCAUCAAGUCCAAGAGUUGUUUAGAACCCGUCAGGUGACAAAGAAGUACUGGGCCAUCACGAUGCGCGUCCCGGUGCCCUCAGCGGGAGUCGUGGACAUUCCCAUCAUUGAGAAGGAGGUGCAGGGCCAGGAACGCCACCACAAGAUGACGCUGUCCCCGAGCUACUGCAUGGACAAUGGGAAGACAGUGAGGGUACGGACCAGCAGGAAUGCACACCUGGCUGUGACUCAGUACCGGGUGCUGAGCAGCGCCCUCUCCUCCGCCCUCUUGGAGCUCCAGCCUGUUACCGGAAUAAAACAUCAGCUUCGAGUUCACCUGUCUUUUGGAUUGGAUUGCCCGAUCCUUGGUGACCACAAGUACUCAGACUGGAACAGGCUGGCCCCCCAGCUGUCCGCCUGCAUCCUGAAGAAGCUGGGGCUGCGGCAGUCCAAGGCCCGUCACAUCCCCCUUCACCUGCAUGCCUGCCAGCUGACUCUGCCUGCCCUGCAGGCCGGGAAGGAGGAACUCAACUUGGUCUGCAAGCCUCCUCGAUAUUUUGUCCAUUCCCUGCGCCGUCUGGGCUUAAAGAUGCCGAGUCGGGAUCAAAAUGGGGACGAGGAAGCCACACACUCAGGAGCACAGUGAAGACAGUUGGGCAGUUUGCCCUGAAUUCUUCUCUCUGUUUAAGGGACUCUGCUAACUUCUCACUUGGGACAGACUCCAGAAGAGCCAGGUGUGAUGAGUUGAAAAAACAGCUGCUUCAGGGCUCUUACUGGGGACUAGUGUCUGUUUUUCGACACUCUGGCCACAUGCUGGAAAAGCCAGCAGGCAGUCUCCCUGCUUCAGUGUGGAAGAGAGCUCAGGACCAGGAGAACUGAAGCACAGAAUCUGUGAUCAGGAACUGUUUUUACCCAACAAUAAAGCUCUUGUUCUGUCAGGAAAGCUCCUGUGGUUGGAGAGAACAUAAUGGUGGUCUAGCUCAUAGAGAUUCAGAAGCAGCUUCUGCUGUCCUCGUGGAGCUGCAGGAUCUAUCAGCAAAGCCUUCCUGCUUUAUUUGUUCAGUCUCAGAUUUUGUAGCCAGCGAUCAUAGACUACAAGGAUUCCCUUCAGCCUCAGCUCGGGCCCCUUACUGUGCUAGUGACUGUGGAGCCUGCGAAGGGGUGUUCAGUGAGCAAGCAAAGCAGGAGUGAAUGGCAGGCAGGUAACAAAAACGAGUGGAGCAAGCAGGGUGUAAGGCCAUGGUGGGGAGCACCCACAUGUCUAAAGAGGGCAGUUGUUAGCUCCAGCUGAGGGUUGCUCUGUGGGAACAGAUUUUCUAACUUUUUAAAUUAUUUAUUUAUUUGGCUAUACCAGGUCUUAGUUGCGGCACGCGGGAUCUUUGUUAUGGCAUGCAGGAUCUUUAGCUGUGG